AGUCCCAAAUAUUUACAUGGCGUCGUUCUCAACUUUGACAUAGGCACAGUACAGCUGACGAUGUGUUUCGCAAGGCGAGGCCAAGGAAAUGGGUCAACGUUUGACUAAUUGUAAUUUUGCAUGACAUUACAUGUCUCUGCUCCGAUAUCCGUGAAUCAAUCCAUAGAUCAUUGCCCACCCACGAGGGGACAUUAAGGAAGGUCAGUGACCCCUGUGGACAUCAGCCAUGGCUCUAGAGGUAGGAGCAGGGGAUCCCAGUCCUCCAACUCUGCAGGAGUUAUUGAUAGAGUACACCCUGAAUAAUCUUAGAACGGUAUGUGUGGUAGACACGAACGGAAAGGUGGUUUCCCUACGCGAGGAUGCGUACCUCCCCAGCAUCAUCAGUGAUAGGAUUAUCAACACGCUUGCAAGGAGAGGUGGCCUGGAUGACAGCAAACUCCAAGCACUUUGCGACAAGAGUAGAGUCCAGUUGAAAAAGAUCAAUCUUAGUAGGACAACCCUUUCGGAUGAAAGCCUUGAGAAGCUGUCCAACCACAAACUCGUUGAGCUAGACAUUUCAGAAUGCGAGAACCUAAGUAAAGACUGCUUGCCGUCCUUGCUGAAGUUCACGUCCCUACAGCUACUGAAUCUCCAUAAGUGCAGAGAAGCCCUGGAGAAAUACGGACUUCCCCUAUUUGACUUUCCUUUGAAGAAUCUGAGGAGUCUGAACAUAGGAUACACAGACUUGAGUGGGGUACAACUUCAUUGUCUUGUCCAAGAGCUUCGGAACCUGACGGUGCUGGAUGUCUCAAGAGUGGUGAAGAAUGGAGAUCUAUCUUUCCUAGAGCCUGUGAGGCAUCAGCUUAGGUCCCUAGUUCUUCAUGAUUGCGUUCUGGUGGAAAGCAGUCUGGAGUAUGUGUCUCACAUCCCACAACUAAGGCAUUUAGAUAUUUCUGUCAACAACGAGGGUUACAAACUACCCCUGACGACAGCCAUGUUGAAGUUCCUUGUGAAAAGCCUCCCCUCACUCCUGUCUCUAGACCUGUCUGGAAACGACAUCAGGAAUCACCAAAGAGUCGACAACCAGGAGGGUGGAGAUGCUGGAAAGCUUGAUAAUGGAAACAACGUAGAGCUUCAGUUGUUAGCGCAGCAAGGAGCGAUGGACGGCGAUGAUUCGUCGUCUUCAUCAUCGGAAGAUGAGAGAGCGGUGGAGCUGGACUCUGACUACGGAGAUGAGGAGGAUGAGGAUGAGGAUGAUGGUGGUGCUAAUGCUGAGGCUAGAAAGGACAACGUGGACCGUUGGCCUGCCCCGGUAGAGAAACCCAUGGAUAUCGACGAUGAUGACGAUGAAAACACGGGGACUAGUGGGAAUAGGAAGGAGGAGGGGGAGGAGGAGGAAGUGGAGGAAACGAUUGUUAGCAGUAUAGAAGGACUUAAAGGAUUGAGACAUAAACUGAAUUUUCUUGGACUGGUUGGAAUGGACGAGUGCGAAGGACAACACGUCCCAGCGAUCAGGGUUGCUGGACUAGCCAAUGAAGACCAGAUCCUCAUCACAGUAGAGAAAUACGUUGAAAGGAGAGGUUUCCUGCUCAAAGGACUCAACGCCUACUUUGAUAUCCUGAGAGUUAUCAAUUGCAGAUCCCCUCUGAGAGCAGUACAGGGUAUAAUAGAAGCGAUGAAGAGGUACCCUAGCGAUAACCAAAUCCAAAUAUCGGGAAGUGCAUCGUUAUUUCACCUGACAAGAGGAAACUACAAGAAGCAACUCACAAAGUCUGGGAGACAAGCGGUAAUCAACUGUCUGCUAGAUGCCAUAGAGGGCGUAUCAGACAGCGUGACUCUCCUGCGCAACUGCGGCCUGACGCUCUUCAACUUCUCCAUCCCCGAAGACUUCCAGUUCCAGUUCGAGCGUGUCGUCAAGAACCUUGUGAAACUUGCACUGACGGAGGACAGAGAGGGCCUCCUUCAACGAGUCUACGUCCACAUGUGCAAUUCCAUCGUGUGUCAUGUCGAAGGCAGACAGAAGCUACAGGUCGGCAAGUUGGGCAUUAUCACAUGCAUGUUGAAGUUAAUCAAGGAUCGUUUGGACCGCAAGAUCUGUGACGAAGUGAUGGAGACAGCUUGGAGUACACUAUGGAAUGUCACAGAUGAGACGGCACACAAUUGUGAACUAUUCUUACAGGGUGACGGAAUGCAACUCUUCCUCAGAUGUAAAGAGACCUUCAGGGAGAGACCAGAGCUACUUCGAAACAUGAUGGGGCUUAUGGGUAAUGUGGCAGAGGUCAAAGAACUAAGAUCUCAACUCGUCCCUCAUGUACCUGUCUUUGCGUCUCUCCUCCAGGAUAGGACUGAUGGCAUCGAGGUGAGUUACAACGCGGCUGGCGCCCUCGCUCACAUGGCUUCAGACGGUGAGGAUGUCUGGAGGGCAAGUACCAGCAGGGGCGAGGUCCUCAACAAGAUGGCCGACGCCAUUGAGUCGUGGGAGCUUGAUGAACAGAGGAACAUCAACUACAGGUCAUUUGAACCGAUACUCAGAUUGCUUCAUACCUACCACACACCUCAUGUUCAACUGUGGGCUACGUGGGCUCUGGCCAACCUAUGUACAGUCUCGAGAGAGAAGUAUUCUCGUCUGUUGGUGAGCGAGGGCGGGCUUCGGAAACUGGAGGAACUCGUCGCGAGACCAGGUACUUGGUCACGUGUCCACUACUUUGCGAAAAUCGCCAUCAGAUUGUCAAAGGACUACAGAGAUGAACCUCCUAUUUGAUGCCAUGUGGGUUAAUGUGAAUGCUGAACCUGUGAAUUGCUGUGCAUUAGUGUUGCUAUUGUUGGCUGCUGGUGGAUAUUAAAGAUAUAGUCGAGUACUGGUCAUGCAAUUGCAUUGUGAAAGAAAAGGUGUGGAAUGGAUCAGAAAAAGUUUAUCAUGUAGCAUGUAAGUAUUGGUGUGUACUGCAAGG